AUAAACAUAUUUACAUCCUUUAUCUUACUCACACUACUAAUCCUAAUAGCCCCUAUUCUAAUAUCUACUACUAACCUCUACAAAAAUAACAAAUACCAAUAUUAUGUAAAAAAUAUUACUCUUUGUGCUUUCACUACCAGCUUAAUUCCAGCAAUAAUAUAUCUUCACACAAAUCAAGAAAUACUUAUUUCAAACUGACACUGAGUUACUAUUCAAACUCUCAAACUAACACUUAGCUUUAAAAUAGAUUACUUCUCACUCAUAUUUAUUCCUGUAGCACUAUUUAUUACAUGAUCUAUUAUAGAAUUCUCAAUAUGAUAUAUACACUCUGAUCCUUAUAUUAACCAAUUCUUUAAAUAUCUCCUUCUCUUUCUCAUUACCAUACUUAUCCUUGUAACAGCUAAUAAUCUUUUUCAACUUUUCAUCGGAUGAGAGGGAGUAGGUAUUAUAUCCUUUCUACUUAUUGGCUGAUGAUUUGGACGAGCAGAUGCAAACACAGCUGCUCUUCAAGCAAUCCUAUACAACCGUAUUGGAGACAUCGGCUUUCUCCUAUCAAUAGCAUGAUUUCUAUCUAACACAAACACAUGAGACCUACAACAAAUCUUUAUACUUAACCAAAGCCCCCCAAAUCUCCCUCUCAUAGGACUCGUACUAGCUGCAGCUGGAAAAUCAGCCCAAUUUGGUCUCCACCCCUGACUCCCCUCAGCAAUAGAGGGCCCUACUCCAGUUUCAGCCCUACUCCAUUCAAGCACAAUAGUCGUAGCAGGAAUCUUUCUACUUAUCCGCUUUCACCCUUUAAUAGAGAAUAACAAAUUCGCCCAAACAAUAGCUCUUUCUCUAGGUGCCCUUACAACCCUAUUUACAGCUAUCUGUGCUCUCACACAAAAUGAUAUUAAAAAAAUCAUUGCUUUCUCUACUUCUAGCCAACUAGGCUUAAUAAUAGUAACCAUUGGCCUCAACCAACCUCAUCUAGCAUUCCUCCACAUCUGUACACACGCUUUCUUCAAGGCCAUACUAUUUCUAUGUUCUGGCUCUAUCAUUCACAACUUAAACAACGAACAAGACAUUCGAAAAAUAGGAGGACUAUACAAAAUUCUUCCCUUCACCACAACAGCCCUUAUCGUAGGAUGUCUUGCAUUAACGGGAAUGCCAUUUUUAGCCGGAUUCUACUCUAAAGACCCUAUCAUUGAAGCCGCCACUUCGUCUUAUACCAACGCCUGAGCCCUACUAUUAACUCUAACCGCCACCUCCCUUACUGCCAUUUACAGUACUCGUAUCAUCUUCUUCACACUACUAGGACAACCUCGAUUCCCACCCCUUACCAACAUUAAUGAAAAUAACCCUCUAUUAAUUAACCCUAUUAAACGUCUAUUAGUUGGAAGCAUUUUCACUGGCUUCAUCCUAACCAAUAAUAUUCCCCCGAUAACCACUCCUCUAAUAACAAUACCCCUACAUCUAAAAAUAACCGCUCUUACAGUAACAACUCUAGGUUUCAUCCUCGCAUUCGAAAUUAACCUUAAUACACAAUACCUAAAACAUACCCAUACCUCUAAUUUCUCUAAAUUCUUAACUCUAUUAGGAUACUUUCCCACAACCAUACACCGCUUACCUCCUUAUCUAAACCUAUCAAUAAGUCAAAAAUUAUCAACAUCCUUAUUAGACUUAGCCUGACUAGAAAUUAUUCUACCAAAAACCGCAAGUUUUAUCCAAAUAAAAGCCUCUACAUUAACCUCAAAUCAACAAGGCCUUAUUAAACUUUACUUCCUAUCUUUUCUCAUUACUAUUAUUCUCAGCCUAAUCCUAUUUAAUUGCCCCGAGUAA